UUAAAUUUACUGUCGAGUUUAUUUGAUUGAGUUUAGUUAUUAAUUUGUUUUUUUCGAUAAUGGAAUUUAAGAACUGGACCACUGUGGAUUUCAUUCGUUAUUUGUUAUCUGAUUUUUCCGAAUUAUGUCUCGAUGUAAGAAUUCCAUCAGAUGUAAAAUUUGCUAUUAAACUAGGCCUUCAAACAGCCGAAACUGUUAAAUGUAAUGGCAAGUGUAAAAUUUGUUUCAGAAGUGAUGCAAACUAUGUUAAUUUUCGAUGCCGGAAAUGUAACUUUAAAUUGUCUGCUUAUGAAGGGACAUUUAAAGGAAAAUGUGGCAAUUUAUCCUGGUCAAGUAUUCUUUCCUUUAUAUGGCAUCUAACCUGUGUUGUUCGUUGAAAUUCAUAUAAAGUAAAAGAUUAGUCAAAUUACAUUUAAGUGAUAUGAAAAUUGAAAGACCGUAGAGAGAUAGAUGAGACUGUGGUUUGCAAAAGGAAAUAUAAGAAAGGUCGGCAAUUGAAAGGUACGAAAUGAAUUGUAGGUGGUAUUUGUAGGGAGGAGAAGAAAUGUUUCGUGUGUUACGUUAAUGGUGGCUAAGAGGAAGAAGGGUGACAAUUGCACUGAAGAAAAAUCGAAGAAAUUAAAGAAGCAGAACGUCGUAACCAACGUUCGUGAAUCUGAAAUUGGUUCUAGAAAGCGGAUUACAGUUGAUGAAUGAAGGAUAUUAAUGUGUUGAAGAAAUGGCUAUGAAGCUAAGAGAUGAAUUGUUAGAGUUUUUAAAUAAAUAUUCUGGUAUACAUGCCUUAAAAAAGGCUUAUACUGAAGUAGGAGAUAAAGUUAAAUUGACCGCUUUAGAUGGUGAACAAAUUGUUUCAAAAAUGUCUUCAGAUUUAUCAAAGAAAUUAGAAAAAACAAUGGAAGCAUUGAAGAGAUCAGUCACUGCUGCUGAAAAGAUAAUAGAAGAUUAUAAGUAUAAUCCAGAUUUGAGAGAAGGAAAAGUUGAUUGGUUAAAUUCAAAGGAUUUAUUAAAUAGUUCUAUGCUGCACUAUGAUAGUAAAUUUAAGAAAGAAAUUAGUUUUGCUGCUUCAUCUGUACACAUUCCAGUGGAGAUAUAUGAUGGAAAUGUUGAAAUUUUAAAUGGAUUAAGAUGGUCUUCUAAUCUUGAUAAAGUAUUUCAAGAAAAUUCAGAAAAUGAUCCAGAAUUAUUGUGGCAAUAUUUUGGGAGUUUGAAUGGUUUUAUGAGAAUGUAUCCUGCUAACAGCUGGACUGAUAUUCAGCCUGAUCUAUUUGAUGUAAGACAAAGACCAUGGUUUAUUCAUGGAUCCAGUUCACCAAAAACAAUGCUAAUUUUAAUUGACAUAAGUGGAAGUAUGCAUGGAUUAACGAUGAGUAUACUAAAAAUGGCUGUGAAAAUGUUGUUAUAUACUUUAGGAGAAAAUGACUAUGUUAAUGCUGCUUCUUUUAAAAAUAAAGUAACGUGGAUGUCUUGUUUAAAUACUUUUGUUCCAGCUACACGCAGAAAUAAAAAACUGUUAUCAGAAGCAAUUAAUGAUUUAGUAGAAGGUGAAAUGGCUAAUCUGUCUGCUGCUUUAGAAUUUGCUUUUAAAGAAUUCAGAACAUUUGAAAAAGACAAGCAACCAUGGGAAGGGUCUAAUUGUAAUCAGAUGAUUGUUAUCUUAAGUGAUGGUGGUACAGAUGAAGCCUGGGAGGUUUUGAAACAUUAUAAAGAAGAUUCUAAAAAAGUAAGAAUAUUUACUUAUGCCAUUGGUGCUCAUCCUGUUCCAUACAUUCCUCUAAAGACUCUAGCUUGCACUUACAGAGGUUAUUUCACUAUAAUCUCUUCAAUGGGAACUAUCAGAACAAGAAUUCAAGAAUAUCUCAAAGUACUAAGCAGACCAAUGGCUUUAAAUAUAGCAAGAGAAUAUCAUUGGACAAACUUCUACAUGGAUCCAUCAGGUCUUGGAAUGUUAACUGUAGUUACAUUGCCUGUAUAUAAUAAAACUAAAGACAAUAGAAAUCCUUCUUUAGUAGGAGUGAUGGGAAUUGAUGUGAGCAUGAAAAACAUGAUGACAACGGAACCAAAAUUUCAGGUAGGAUUUGUUGGCUACUCUUUUGCUAUCACAAGGAAUGGAUAUCUUGUUUUUCACCCAAAUUUGCAUAUAAAGAUUGGACAAGCUGGUUAUUUUCUUUCGCUCAGAAGAAAUGAUAAAGAUGUAAAUUUUACUCCUGAUUCAAAAUUUUCACAGGCAACAUAUCUUGAUAAUCCACCAGAUGUUGAUUUAUUAGAUAUAGAAAUAACUGAUUCUAUUAGAGAAAAUGUGAGUAAGAGAUUUAACUUUUAAUUUUCAUUUCUUUACUGUAAGUUGGCAAAACUUCUUUCUAAUACAUCUUAUGAAUUUCGUCAUCUGUUUUCUUUAGAACUGUUGUCUGUU